AUGGAACAUGGUCGGAUACAACCACAUCCGAUCGAGAGUAAACCAAAAGACGAAAAGAGUAAAGCGAGUUGGGUUGGUGUUGCAAGGCUGCAAAUGGUGUUGAGUUCAUCGGAAGGUCGUAACUAUGGGAACAUGGAGACAUGGCAACCUUCUUUUUCUCCUUCUUGCCUCCUUAAAAUCAAUAAUUUUGCCCUAGGAAAUGCCUCUUCAACUGGUCCAAGAAUCGUACAGGAAUCUUAUGACGAUUUUUGGACCAAUUCGACCGAUCGUUUAGGGUUUUACAAUUCUGAAUCUCCAAGGAUCCAAAGUUGCCUAGGAAGAAACACUAAAGAUGAGAAGGCUCUUGCAGCUCAAUAUCAGCUAAUGAAUUAUAUGUCGACACAUAUGUUUGUUCGUAGAUUGGUGUCUCAAAAGAGAAGGCGAAUGCUUGUUGGUGGAUAUGAUCUUGAUAUGUCUUACAUCACAGAUCGUAUAUUAGCAAUGUCGUUUCCUGCCGAAAGAAUGAGAGCCAUUUAUCGAAAUCCUAUGUGGCAAGUCAAAGAGGUUUUGGAAAUGCGACAUCCUGGACACUACAAGGUGUAUAACUUAUGUAUAGAGCAAGAUUAUGAUCCAUCCCAUUUUAAUGAUCGUGUGGAAAGAUUCCCAUUCGAUGAUAAUCACGUCCCAUCGCUCCCUAUGAUCAAGGAGUUUUGUCAAAGUGUUCAUUCCUGGCUUUCAAGCGACCCAAAAAAUAUAGCUGUCAUUCAUUGCAUGGCAGGCAAAGGUCGGACGGGGUUGAUGGUAUCUUCGUACUUGGUUUACAGCGGCUUGUUAGCAGAGGAAGCUCUUCAGGUUUAUGCGGAUAAAAGGACCACAAAUAACCUUGGAGUGACAAUACCAAGCCAACGGCGUUACGUUAAUUACUGGCAGAAAUCUCUUUCGUUUCCCGGCGGCUGUCCACCAGACGUCAACAUUCCGGAACCAAGUAGCAGAGAGUUUCGACAGAUCCGACUGUUCGACACCAGAAACAUAGAAACAGUCUUCUUCGUUGUGUCGCAAAUGCAAGAGGUUUCUGGACAGCGGUAUCGUCCUUCCACAGACACUUGCCGGAAUUUCUGUAGAAAAAUUAGAAACGGUGGUCGACACUCUUUCUCCUUCAUCGAGGAAGACGAAGAGGAGACACAGAGUUCCCUCGAUUGCUACUUUGGGAAAACUAUUCAGGUUAAUGGAGAUGUGUGUGUGACAUUCUACGAGAAGAACAUUGGAGGUCGUCUCUUCUAUGCUUGCUUCAAUACUGCUUUUAUCGAAGACAACUCGAUACAUUUUUCGAUAACGGAAUUGGAUAAAGUUGGAAGCAAAGGCAAAUCGAUUGCAGGUCCUGAGUUCUGUGUGGAGUUUCUUUUUGGUCCGCCAAACCCUAAUCCUAAUGACUUGUUCUUGGGUCCGAUGCUGACCGACGGUAGUGAAGGUAGCGACUGUGGAGAUGGUUGCAAUUUUGACCGAAAGAAGAAAUGA